AUGCAUGAUAUUUUUGCUACUCAAGCACCAACCUACCCUAGGCUGACGUUCGAAUUUUUGAGUUCUUUAAUUUAUAACGUCUCUCCUAACACUGCUAGCGCCGUAGGUGGAGUAAAAUUUAGAAUGUUUAAUGUUGAAUAUGACUACUCCACUGACGGUCUAGCUGCCAUGUUAGGAUGGCCUUAUGGGGAUGGUGCCGUUUGUGAAGCACCUUUAGACACGGAUUGGGCAUUUGAAACAUUUUGGGCCAGGAUUACUAAACAAAAUGCAACAUCUUUUGAUGGCCUACUUGCUUCUCAUAUCCACAAUCCUGCCCUUCGUGUUUUUAGAUUUCUUUUAGCAUCCACCAUCUUUGCUAGGGAAAACCCAAACAAGGUGAAUGCUAAAGAAUUAAUUAUCAUGCAGAGCUGCAUCACAGACACCAAAGUUAAUCCAGUCCCAUUUAUGAUUGCCCACAUGCACCAUGUUUUAAGAAAAGGUGGGCCGAUUUCCUUUGGUGGACUGAUUACUACUAUUGCCCGUGCCAUAGGAUUGGAUACAGAACUUGCCACCCUUGAGCCACUUCCUCCUCGUAUUGCAAAUCUUAAAUUUUUAAAGGAUAUGCGUUUAUGCAAGACGAGGAGGGAAGGUGGUUACUUCCUCAUGGUUGGAGGUGCCGCUGUACCCAGUGUUGUUAUUCCUUGCACCCGUCGUACUGAUAUCAGAUUUGAGCGUAACUGGACCUACGAUCUUAACGCUCCUGCUUUUAUUGGUCCGUUGCCCCCAUAUCUACCUUUAAAUAAGGGUAACAACACUGAUGAUGAGUACGAUUUCCGUACGGAAGAACCACCCCGCUUUUCACCACCACACACGACACCAUCUACUUCUAACCCACAUGCAGGUACAUCUCCUAGUUUCCAUGUCACUGAGGACAUGUGGCGUGAGCAUAUGGCCCGAGAGGCCCAGAGGGACACCCUCCUUGCUACUUUGCAGCAACAGGCGACCGAUAACAUGGCCUUCAUGCAAGCAUCCCAACAGCAAAAUGCUAGCUCUCUGCGCACUAUUAUGGAAAGUCAGCUGGCUUUCCAGAGAGAACAACACCUUAACCAGACCACAUACGCUCGUCACUUCCAAUUGAUGGAGGCAACCCAAGGCACCCUCAUUGGUAGGACCCAAGAGCUACAAGCGGCAAAUGCCGCCUUGACAGAGAGAAUAGAGCAGCUAGUUUUGGACCGAGAGAGCCGCCGUCGCAGCCGUAGCCGCCGUUCCGAUCGUACCAACCAGGAUGGUGAAGGUCCUAGUGGCCCCCACUAG